CGAGGGAGGAGGAGGCGAGGGGCGGCUCUGGGCCGGCCUGCGAUCGCCCCGCCUCGCUCCCGGCUGCCGCUGACAGGCCCGGGCGCAAGAUGGCGGCGGUGCUCGCCGGCGGCUCCCAGCGGGUGGUGCGGGAGGCGGUGCGGCGCUCGGCGGUUCGCCCGCCCGCCUCAGGAUGCUGGGGCUGCGCGCCGGGAGGGAAGCGGUAUCUGCUAACAGAAGAUGAUAUUAAGUUACAAGAAUUUCAGCAGAUGAAAGUGACAAUUAGAAAUGAAGUUCAUGGCAAUAAAGAUCCAUAUUUUAAAAGUAUUAAAGAAAAAUUAAAGAAAAAUGGAAUUAUUCUCAGAAAUGAAUUAAAAAAUCUACUACAUUUAUGUCAGACUUCAUCAGAUGUGGAACUAGCCAGAGAAGCUAUUUACAGGUACCAUGAACAGAAUGGAAUCACAGCCCUACAUAAUUUUAAAUUUGGGCCUCUCUUUAUGAGGCUAUGCUAUGAGCUGGACCUUGAAAGACCUGCAGUAGAACUUAUCAAAGAUCCGAAUUUGCGUGGCUUUUUCUCAGAGAGUACAUCAUUCCAUAUUUUGAUGACUAUGUUGUUUAAAAAGGGCCAUUUUGAAAGUGCUUUUGAAGUUCUGCUAGAAAUGAAAAAACAAGGUAUACCUUUCAACAAAGAAACCUAUCUACUUGCAUUUGCAAUAUGCUACAAACUUGACAACCUGGAGGCCUGCAAAAUCUCUGCAAAACUGCUUGAAGAAGCACAGCUAAGAGGUGACACAUUACCACUGCGAGCACUCUGCUUUGCUGUGGCAACUUCUCUGAAGCAGAAUGAUGUAGCGCAAGCCAAAUUUUAUUGUUCCCAGAUCUUGAAAACAGAGAACAAGCUAUACAAUAAUCUUAAAGUUCUUGUCCAGCUCAGAUCUGGUUCGCUAGAAGAAGUGAUAAAGAUCUUAGAGGCAGCAGUGGAAGAAGAUACUCCUCCCUUUGUGAAAAAAAUUGAGUUUUGUGAGCAGGUGCUGGCUACCGUCAGGGAAAAGAUGGAAGAAAACCCUGACCUUUCUGCCAAAUUAGGAGAUAUUUAUAUGAAACUAAAAGCUUCAGGACGGAUAACCAUGUGCACACUGGAAGACAUGCUUUUCCAGAUUCCUAGUUCAAAGAAGAUCCCUGCAAAGCUGUUACAUCAGAAGCAAUUGGGCUAUCAGGCUGCUAAAGCACUUCGGUCAAAUCUAUUGUUGGAAUAGUUCCAUAAUUGAUGGCAAACUGAACUGCUGUUAGCAUCUCUUGGAAGCCAGGCUCAAAUAAAAUGUCUUCUCCCUUCCUCCACAAUAAGCAAUUGUUCAAGUUUUUUGUGUGAAACUGCAUUUUAAAUACAGAUCAUGUAGCUUCCAUGCAUGUUGUUCAGAAAUGGAGUGAUAGAAUGGUUUGAAGUUUUUUCUCAGGCACUUAAAUCAGGAUUUUCCUAUGCCAAGCAUCCUGAUGGAAAUGAACAAAAUAGCAUGCAUGUCUUACCUGACUUCUGUGAUUCAUCAGAAGAAGAUUCAGUCUUCAGUAGAAGUAAUUCUCUGACUGAAAGGAUACAUGCAGUCCAGAGUCUAGAUAAAAGAGUAUGGAAAUUGCUUUAACUGUUUAUUCAAAUUCUCUGCAUCCCAAGAGAAUCAGAGGAAAGCAAGCAUCUUUUGUUCCCUUUAAUAUCUGUCUUAAGAAGCAAUAUAUUAGUAAGUUUUUUCAUAUCAAAUGGUAUCAUGGAAAUGCUGUGGGAGGUAGCAUGGUACCCAACAGGUUGUUGUCUUGCUUGAAGGAGAAUCCUGAACAAAAGUCAGAGUCUCAGAGUGAGUGGGUGCGCAUACCGUUUCCUUUUUUUUUAUUAUUUUUUUAAACUUAAAUUUUCUGGUUUUAAGCCUCCCAGGGUUAGCAGAUCUUGAUACAAAUUUGCAACUAAGUUCUAACAAGUUUUUUAGACUAGAAUUACGUGUCAUCAGCAUAAUAGACUCAUAUGCAGAGCAAGCAGUCAUAAAAACACUACAAAGAAGCUUCUUUGGGCCAGCUUUAGUGACUCCAGGCCAAAUGUGCUUGGUUCUAGUAAUAAAAAGCCGUUUGUAACUCUGA